UACAUGUUUUGGUUCUCUUGUUUGCACCUCUUAAACUCUUAAUUGCAAAGGUAAUUAGCGCGUGAAGAUGUUCUGCAGGUUGCUAAAAUGGACACUUUGCCUCCUCGGGCUCAUGAGCACGAGCACCGCCUCACCGGACGAUGCACCGGGGGAGUUUGGAGGAGAGUCCGGCUCUGGGAUGCUGCAGACAGAUGAGGUGAGCAUUCUGCAGGAGCUUUCUCCUCAGGUGUUGAACAGCAGUAACACCUCAAUGACUGUAGAUGACAGCAGGUGUCCAGUCCUACAGGUGGGACAGUACUCCACCUUGUCUGUCCCUCUUCAAGACCUCCUCAUUGAUGGAUUUGCAGAAGAGUUCAGUUUGCUGGUGCAGCUGCGGAGUCGUCAGGCAGACGAACGCAGCGUCUUCACCAUGCUCAGCCCCGACAGCCGAGUGAUGCUGCAGCUGCGGAUCAGCGCCUACGCCAUCAUCUUCAUAGGAACACAACAGCGUCAUUACGAAUUCCCAGUCAGCGGCCUGUCUGAUGGAAAGUGGCACCAUGUGGCGCUCAGUGUGUCUGCCAAGCGGCUGGCGCUGUACGUGGACUGCUCUCUGCUGGAGAGCGUGGACUGGGUGUACCGCAGCAUGGGGAUCAGCACUGAGGGGCUGCUCAUGAUCGGAGGCAUCAUCGAGGCCUUCGAGACUCCAUUUGAAGGUCAUCUCCGACAGCUGACCUUCCUGAUGGGCGACCCUGACGCCGCCCAGCGACACUGCAGCCACCACCCACCCCGCUGUGGGGAGACCUCCCGCAAGCCUCCUCGAUCCCCACGCACCAACCGCCUGGAGAAUAUACUGCUGUCCUCAAACGACCUGGAGAACUUGCUGGGGGAUCCUGAGGAUGAGGCUUUUUUGCGCUUUGGAACUAAUAUGUUUCUGCGCCGAGGGAGUUCUCGCGGGGACGGGACGGUGCCUUCAGGGACCAAUCGGAAAGGUUCAGUGAGUCGUGGGGAUGUCUUUGUGGUAGAUGAGGACACCGACUUGUUGGAUCCAACCUUCCAAAAUGGCGGACAAGUCAACCCUCAGUGGAAACCUUCCAGAAAUGGACUUAAGGGAAGCCAGAAGGGAAAGCCUGAAAUGAUAGAGGAGAACAUAACAACAGACGAAAAGGUUGACUCCAGUGGGAGAACGUCAUCAUUGUUCCCAGGGAAACCAUCCAGUGACAUCAUUGAACUGGACAUCGGGGGUACCACGAAGAAGCCCUCAGUGGAUUUGCCUGUACCUAAGAUCCCUUCGGAUCCGAGAACUUCCACGGAUUCUGGGACACCAACAAAGGCAGUAGUCGAGAAGGGGAGACCCAUCACCAAUGGUAGAGAUCCAGACAAGGAGCGCUCUGCCGUUGUGACUGUAUCCCGAGAUGGAGACCUGGUCCUGGGCUCAGAUGGCAAAAUGUACCGGCUCCAAAGAGGACCACCAGGCCGAAUGGGUCCCCCAGGGCAGGAAGGCUGUACUGGUGAUCCUGGCCGGCCUGGGUUUAAAGGUGAUAAGGGUAAGCUGGGUUCUGAAGGGCGUUCAGGAAAAAGAGGGGAGUCAGGACCUCCUGGACCGCCAGGGUUUCCCACCUUCUACCUGUGGAAGAACACAGCCGAGGAAUUGGCUGCCUUUCAGCAAAGCAAUUUCUACCAGUUACUUCGUGCUGGUUGGCCUAGUAGAGAAGGCCCUGAAGGAUCACCCGGAGAGAUGGGCAAGCCCGGCAUGCAGGGUCCACUUGGCGAACCUGGAGAUCGUGGAAGACCCGGGAUGCCAGGAGAUUUGGGCGAGCGGGGUCUCAGGGGCCCUUCAGGAAAGGCCGGGACCCCAGGCAGAGACGGGGAAAAUGGGGUAGACGGUGAGCCGGGGCUACAUGGUGAUCAUGGACUACAGGGCACCUGGGGAGACAGGGGAGAACGAGGGUCCAAAGGGGAAAAAGGUGAUGAGGGUCUCAUUGGGGUCAUUGGUCCAAGAGGAGAAAUUGGUGAUCCUGGUGAGAAGGGCUCACCUGGUUUAUCUGGCCCUCCUGGUCCUGUCGGACUACAAGGGCCUCAGGGGACCCGAGGUGGCUGCGGGCCAGAGGGGCCCUAUGGGCCUGAUGGAGAGAGUGGACUGGAUGGUCCCGCUGGUCUUGCAGGGCCGAGGGGUGCUCCGGGUAUGACAGGACGAGUCGGAGCGCAAGGAAUGAAUGGCUCAAGAGGCGACAUGGGACCUGCUGGCAGUGUUGGUCCCAAUGGCCCACAGGGGCCUCUAGGUUUAGAGGGACAGAUGGGACCUCCAGGACUCAGAGGACUCCAAGGACAUCCAGGACUGAUCGGGGCUUCUGGACCUAAAGGAGAACCUGGGCCUGUGGGGCCAAUGGGGGCCCGGGGGGAUCCCGGCUUUGAGGGGCCAAUGGGUGCUUUAGGGACAAAGGGCCCUAUGGGUUUUCCCGGUUUAACGGGUAAAGGGGGACCAGAUGGGGACAAAGGGGAUCCAGGACCUAAAGGCGACAAAGGUAUUCAGGGGGCAGCAGGUAUUAGGGGUCCUCAGGGAGAGAGGGGCUCCCUCGGCUUCCAAGGUUUCGAGGGCACCAAGGGCCAGCCUGGCCCCAGUGGCACUGAGGGUGAAAAUGGAGAAACUGGUCUUCAGGGAAAACAGGGCGGCCGUGGGUUAAAGGGAAACAGGGGGCCGGAUGGACGCAACGGCAAACCAGGACCCAGAGGAAGCAAGGGCCGACCUGGACAGAGGGGCCACGUCGGCCAACCGGGUCCAUCGGGUUUGCCAGGGCCACAUGGACCAGAGGGAGCUGAAGGAAAGCCUGGUACACAGGGUCCCUCAGGUGCAGCUGGCAGUCCUGGCAGUAAAGGAGCAGCGGGUUCUCAAGGACUUGCUGGAGACAGAGGAGCAGAUGGCCCCCUAGGUUCUCUGGGGCCACCAGGGAAACCAGGACCUCCAGGAUCCCCAGGAGCUCCAGGAGAAAAGGGUUUCACAGGGAAGACAGGCAUGGAGGGACCUCAGGGCCCAGUAGGCAUGUAUGGUAUCCAGGGAAACGUGGGCAUGCGAGGGAAUCCAGGGUUCAUGGGAGAAAGGGGCGAGCAAGGUUUACGAGGUUUACCCGGGCCGGCGGGGAAGCAAGGUCCUACAGGAUUGCCAGGUCCUUCUGGAGAAAAGGGGCCCCGGGGACCUCAGGGUCGGCCUGGAGAUGAAGGAUCCAAAGGGAUACCGGGCCCACCUGGCCCUCCAGGUAUCCAAGGUGUUGAUGGGGCAGCUGGAAAACCUGGACCUAGAGGAAGCCAAGGGCCUCUAGGACCUCUGGGGCCACAGGGGCCAGCAGGAAUCCCAGGGCCACAGGGUGCUGAUGGCUUAUUAGGAGCAGCAGGGGAAAUAGGAAAUACGGGUCUACCUGGCUUGCUCGGUGAUGCUGGCCCCCCCGGACAGGAUGGACUGCAGGGUCUCCCUGGCCAAACAGGAAAUGAAGGCCCAACUGGACGGAAAGGAGACCAGGGGGAUCAUGGCUCUUGUGGGAAUCUUGGUCCUCCGGGCCCUCCAGGAGAGACAGGACUUGAGGGCCUAAAAGGCUUACAGGGCCCGUCUGGACCUGAGGGUAAAGAGGGUGAUAUCGGGCAUCCUGGGGAACCUGGAGAUCCUGGACCAAAAGGGGAGAAGGGUGGAGUGGGUCCUAUAGGACUGUCGGGUCGAGAAGGCCCCUGGGGAGACCUCGGUGAAAAUGGCCAAAGGGGGCCAAAGGGGGAGAAGGGCCACAUUGGACUCAUGGGCGAGCCGGGGCUGAUGGGAGAAGUGGGGCCUGCAGGUCUGCCGGGGUUACAGGGAAUACUAGGCUCUCAGGGACCCCCGGGGCUAGAUGGACCUCAGGGCCAGAAGGGGGAUUCUGGGCCUGAGGGAAUGACAGGACCUCCGGGGUCAGGGGGGCCUCAGGGGCCGAGAGGUGCUCGUGGUGUCAGAGGAGACGCAGGGGGGCAGGGACCACCUGGUCCAGUAGGAAAAGUUGGCCCUCACGGAGACCUCGGGGCGAAAGGGGAAGUGGGGCCACAGGGACUGAAGGGAGAGCCAGGAGCCCCAGGACAACAAGGGGAACAGGGUGAGGAAGGUCUGCCAGGAAUCCAAGGUCCUCCUGGUCUGCCCGGAUUAGAGGGGCCUCCUGGAGAAAUUGGACCCCACGGUGCCCCGGGUCCCACAGGGUCUCCUGGAGUGAAUGGAAGACAAGGAGCCGAGGGCCAACACGGCAUGGCAGGGGAGAAGGGAAACGAUGGCAAGACUGGAUCGCCAGGGAGGACGGGUCAUGUUGGAAGGAGGGGGAAACGGGGUAAGGCCGGAGUCAGAGGGACCAGAGGAGAGAGAGGACACAAGGGCCAAAAGGGAGACACAGGGCUGUUCGGCCUCUCUGGGUGGCCGGGGCUCAUCGGAAUCCUGGGUUUACGUGGAGAUCUGGGAGAGCAAGGUGAAAAGGGGAAAGAGGGAGAGAAAGGAGACAUGGGACUGUCUGGACCACCUGGAGCUGAUGGCAUGAAGGGUAUUCGUGGUUUUGUCGGAGUGCCUGGUCCACCUGCUGUGAAGGGAGAUCAGGGAAAUAUUGGCCCACCAGGACCGAGGGGUACGACAGGGAUGCCAGGACUGCCUGGUAUGUUUGGAUUGAAGGGUUUGAAAGGCUACCCAGGUUUCCCCGGUCUGUCCGGCAGGAGGGGGCUCCCGGGUCCACCUGGGAUCCCUGGACCUCCCGGACAGUCACUGAACAUGACGCUGACUCAACUCAGGGAUCUGAUGUACGUGUCCGAUAAGCCCAACUACUCUCUGCUCCAGACUCUGCUGGACUCUCUGCAGCUGGAGCUCCGGCUGCUGCUGGACCCCCCCGACGGCAGCAAGGAGCACCCAGCCUCCACCUGCCUGGAGCUGUGGCUUUGUCACCCCGACUACAGCAGCGGAAUGUAUUACAUUGACCCGAACCAGGGCAGCCCAGCGGACGCUCUGCUGGCCUACUGCAGCUUCUCCUCCACAUCCAAACAGACCUGCCUCCACCCCCGAGACUCUCAGUUGCCCAUGAAAGCCUGGAUGGAAGAAUUCUCUGAAGAAGGAUCCUUUCAGUGGCUCAGCAGGCUGGAGCAGGGCUUUCAGUUUUACUAUCCAGGAGCUAAUGUGGUGCAGAUGCGUUUCCUGAGGUUGCACAGCAGCACUGCGCUCCAGAAUCUGACCUUCUCCUGCCACCCAGGACACAAACUGGGCCCCGUGGACCAAGACAUCAAGUUCCUCACUGACAGCAGGAAGCAGAGUUUUGUUGGAGCAGUUAAAGACUGCGUGCCUGGAGAGGAGAGCGUUUCUGUCACUCGGGAGUCUGUGUUUGAGUUUGAGGACCUCCAGCUGCUUCCUCUGAGAGACGUAGCACUGAUGGGUGGCGGCAACUCGACACAUCAGUUCAGCUUCACUGUGGGACCUGUGUGUUUCAGCUAAAGGUGCUAAAAAAUCAAUGCAGUCCUAGAACACCAAGGGCUAGGACACUAACCCGUUCAGUAAUGGACACCUAGAGGACAACCGGAACAUCUCUUCCCAUUCCUGAAGAUGUCCCUCCCUUUCCUCUUGUUUUUGGGGAUUCGAACUCUCAAUUUGAGUGACUCCGUAUUCAUGAAUUUGAGAGGACACAAGCGUCCUCAGGCUUUCUUUCCACGGAGAAGUCAAGUUUGUUUACAGAGACGUUUAUCUUGUAUUGAAUAAUUUAAAAAUGUAUGUAUUUUCUUAUCCUUUAUAUACAAUUGUUUAUUUUCUCUGUUUGAUUUUUGUUAUGUAUUUUUGGGUCUCUGUCAUAGCCGGCCCAUUGUGUAUAUAAAAGCUGUAACAAUGUGUUCUGCAUGGGAACACAGCUACUGUGGUCCCAUUGGCCAGUGACCAGGCCAGUAAAACCCUACUGUGGUACUGUGAGUGACCUCAGAUGGGUGACUUUUAUCAAGGUGCUGAUCACUUUUUAUCUGAAAGAUUAUUUCUUUAAUCCCUAAAACAAUCACAUGAUCUUAUGCAGACUAGCUUAGGAUGCACCAACUUUCCUCAUUUUGUAAAAUGCACAAGAUAGUUUUAACAGUUUCAUGUUAUUGUAUGGUUUUACUUUUUACGUCUCAGGUAUGAUACAUUAAUGAUACAGUACACACAUGGGAACUAAAGCUGCUGUUGCUAUCGUGAGUUUCUUUAGGUUUGUAGUUUGGCAUUAAAAGAAGACUAAAGAAAGGUUAAAGGAAAAAUCUGUGAAAAGACCAAAACCAACAUUGAGUUGGUUCUGCCAUUAACAAAAAAACAUCAUGCUAUUCUUGAACUGUGUGUGAACUCCUGCACAAUUUGUCUUCAAGAAAAAAGGCAAAAAAUGUGGCUAAUCAGCAUUUUUACCAUUUUAACCAAUAACAAAGAUGAGAGAUUAGUGACACAAUAUUUCACUAUGAAAUAUUGUACAUUCAGAUUGAUUUUCAAGCAACCAUGUUCCCCAGUUUAAGGUCUAUGAAAUACAAAUGUAGCUGUUGCCUUAUUCAUAUUUUGUAGACGGUCACACUCUACAACGGGUUUAGAUUAUUGUUGUUUGAACAAGAGAAAUGUUGAAUUCAAGUGUACUUUGGAGAUUGCUUAUCUCUGGUAUUCUCAUGUAAACUAAAGACCAAAGUUUAGCAGCCAGUCCUGACACAUCAACUUAUUUCCACGCCAAACAAUACUGUAAUGUAUUUCAAUGUACUGUAAAGAUUGUGCAUACGUUUGCCAAGUGCAGUAGCCGUGUCCUGCAGAGCUACUUUGUGCCUAUCACCACCACUUAGCAUUGAGUAAUUGCUGUUGACCUGCAUUUGUGCCUCAAUCCAUCUGGAAAGUGCUUGGAUCCAGAGAAAAGAAGCAAGCUUUGUAUCUUCUCUGCAGCAUCAGGAUUCCGUGUUUGUGUCCUACAGAGUGUCAGCAGUGAGUGAUGAGGGGUGUGCACGGUUUGCAGGCUGAAGAGGAUUCAUUUGCGUGAGAUCUCAGGGAGUUUGUGGUCUCAACGUCUCAACCAAAACAGCAGCUCUGCAGAAACGAAACAAAACAUGCUUAUACCAAAUGAUCAGCUGUAGAUAUUUAGAGGGUUUGCAAAUUCUUCACAAGGCUGAUAAGUGCAAGUGCUUAUAGUAAGAAAGUAAGAAAUGUACGCUUUGUAUGCAAUUCUGGCCUGGUGUAUUCUUUUUAUAUUUUGAUUUGUCUUAUCAUUUCAUAUGAUUGCCUUAGCUGGCUGAGACUGAUCAUUGUAACCUUGUUUUGUACAAAUUAUCAUUUUUAGAUAUUCAAAAUGACAUGCUGGACAUUUGUCUUGUGUGAUCCCCUCAUCAGCUCAUUCAAAGAAUUGUGUCAGCUGAAUUAAAAAAAAC